AGCCAAUCAGAUAUCUUGAAUAUUUUGACCAUACAAAAAACCGAGAAAACUGAGGCACACGGAUUUAACUACUAGUUAGUAGAGAAUUUACGUAUCUGCGAUGUCGACACAGCGAGUCAGUUGUCGCACAUACCACUGAGCAAGGAAUUUACUAUCUCAAAUACAACACUAAUGUUAAUGAAUUCAUGUGGUACCAUAAUCAAAUACCAUCAAGCGCCGAUAUCUUAACACUUAGAAACUGGAAUUUUUUAUUCCCACGUGUCAUCACUGCAUUCAUUUUUAUCUUAUUACUGCAAACUUCUGGGUGUGUAGAUAGUGGCCAGAUAUGUAGACCUCCAGGAGGUAAACACAAACUCCAGGAGCUUCACUCGGCUUUUCAACAAGUAUCCUCAAAAUCAAAGUUAAUUAAUGAGAAACGACUCAAUCAAUCUCGUCUGGAGUCUAAAGGAAUUAACGCUCGAUAUGUCUCAAAUGUAUAUUUGGGAGUACAACUUGGACCGCUUGGACAAGACAGUUUCGCUCAGGUCCUUCCUGCAAUUGAUUUGGCUUUGGAAGAUAUACAAACAAUGCCAGCUUUUAAAGGUGUCAGUUUCACUACAGUACUAAUAUUAUACAUUGAUGGCCUUGCGUGCGAUUCACUUGCUUUACUAACAGAACUAAACUCGAAAGGCAUAAAUGUAAUCUUCGGUCCUUUAAAUGAUUUCCACCUGGCUAACGCAGUAAGAUUCAGUACUUCUAUGUACAAUGUUCCUGUUGUGAGUCCGGCUGGUUUCGCACAUCGACUGGACGAUAAAAAUGAAUUUGCUAUGCUUACACGCGUCUUAUUUACCUACUCAGAUUUGGAAUGGGUUUUUAGCAACACUUUAAAACACUACGGGUGGUUACCCAAUAAGCAGACACCAGUAGCAAUAUUUACAAUUAGAGAUAGCAAAAGACAAGAAGAAGCAGUUGGACAUACUGGAAUGACUGGCGUUUUCCAACAUUUAAAGCUUCAACAGUUUUUAGUUAAAGCUGCAUACAAGCUUCUGUCAGUUACCUUAAAUGAUGAAGUUGAUGUGACUGAUAGCUUCCUAAAACGUCUUCCUGACUCUGCCAGAAUUGUCAUACUGUGCACAGAUCCAGAAGUGGUACGAAAUAUUAUGUUAGAAGCGCAUAAAUUAAAUAUGGUCAAUGGAGAUUAUGCAUUUUUCAACCUGGACCUCCUGAGCAGCCAAAAAAAAUUGAAAAGGCCAUGGUAUAGAGAAACAUCAAGUGCAGAAGAAAAUGAAAGAGCACGUCAAGCUUAUCGAGCCCUUAUGACUCUUACACUUUUAAAGCCUGACAGUCCAGAAUAUCGCACAUUCACUGAAGAAGUAAGAGCAAGAGCUCUGCGUGAUUAUGAUUUCAGUUACCGAGACUCUGAAAUAACACCGUUUAUUGGGACAUUUCACGAUGCUGUCAAGUUAUACGCCUUAGCUUUAAAUGAUGCUUUAGCCAAAGGUGGAACUAUUACCAACGGGACACUAAUUACCCACGAAAUGUGGAAUAGAUCAUUCAAAGGUGUCACUGGUGUUGUUCGUAUUGAUGCAAAUGGUGACCGUAACGCCGAUUAUUCUUUACUGGAUAUGAAUCCGAUAACUGGAGACUUUGAGGUUGUUGUCAAUUAUUUCGGUAAUGACAAAUCCAUGUCACCUGUGAGUGGUAAAACAAUAGAUUGGAUAAAUGCUGAGAAUAAACCUCCACCACAUACUCCUCCAUGUGGAUUUGAUGGUUCUGAAUGUCAUAAUACACAUUUUAUCUACAUUGGAAUUAUUGGAGCAGCUGUAUUAAUUGUACUGGUUGUAAUAUCGUUGGUCUUAGGAAUUGUUUUCUAUCGACGAGCUAAAUUUCAAGCAGAGCUACGUGCUAUGAAUUGGAUUAUCCCAUGGGAUGCAUUACAAGUAACAGAAAAACAUUUAAGACGUUAUCGUCGUGAAAGUGAUAUUCGUUCACCGAAUCAAUCAUCUGAUCCACUGAGAAAGAUAUCGUUUGAUACAUGCCCUACCGCCAAUAAGCCUUUACUAGCAGGUGAUGCAUUAGCGAAUGAAACUUUAGACCAAGAUCUAACCGUAGAAUUUUGUACAACAAUUGAUGAAGUCUCUCCAGAGAAACCACAUCGUAAAAUUUCAUUUAGUAAUCUUAUAAUGUCUGCUAUUAAUUCUACAUCCAACAGUGGAGGUAAUGCAAAUGUACCAGGUGAAAAAAGACGAAGGAAAACAUCAACUACUGGACGGUUUUUAGCUCGUUUCGCUCCAGAUCCAAUAACUUUACCACCAACAGUAUUUGAAGAGCCCGGUUCGCAUGCUGGUACAUCACCACAUCCUACAGGAUAUUCACAAUCACAAAUUAAUGUUAGUAAACGUCAACAUCGCUUAUCUAGACGUAGUAAAACAAAUGAAGAGAGUCAAACAACAGAUGUUAAUAGUCCAACUAACGGACAGAAUAAAGGUAUGCCAGAAUGGACAUAUUUUAAGCAUCCAUCUUUUGAUUAUUCCUUUACCACUAAGCAAAAUCGACAUCGAAAGAAACAUGAUAGUGUUGGAAUGGAAUCUGACUACAAUCCAUUAAUGGAAUUCGACUUUUUCAAGAAAAAGAAGCACUCAGAAGAUUCACGAUCCAGUCUAGGUUCAUUGGAUACAAUAUCUGGUAUACAUUUGGAUAAAUUAGCUAAUUCACAAAUGUUCGCACGUACAGCAUUGUAUAUGAAAAGUAUUGUUGCCUUAAAACCAUUACGAAGACAGACACGUAUUGAACCGUCUAAAGCCUUAUCAAUUGAAGUUAAGAAGGUGAAAGAUUUGAACUGUGAUCACAUCUGUCGAUUGAUUGGUGUGUGUUUAGAAGUACCACAUCAGUGUAUUGUUUAUGAAUAUUGUCCAAAGGGAAGUCUUCAAGAUGUCUUAGAAAAUGAACAAAUCAAAUUAGAUUGGAUGUUUAAAUUCUCACUAAUGCAAGAUAUUUGUCGAGGUGUUAUGUAUCUCCAUCAAAUAUUUGGUCCACAUGGUAACUUGAAAAGUUCCAAUUGUUUAGUAGAUUCACGUUUUGUACUAAAAAUCACUGAUUUCGGUCUACCGCAUAUCCGUGGCCCACCACCAUCAGAAUCAGAAGUUGGCAGCUACAUUUAUCAUAGAAAUUUACUAUGGACAGCGCCAGAGUUAUUGCCUGAUGCAGAUACAAUAAUUUAUCCACGUGAAUCAAUAAAAGGCGAUGUUUAUAGUUUCGCUAUUGUCUGUCAGGAAAUUGUAUAUCGUAAAGGUGUAUUUUAUAUCCAAAAUUUUAAAAAUUGUGAACCAGAUUAUAUUAUAAAAGAAGUCAGAGAGUGCAGAAAACCCCCAUUUCGACCAACAUUGGAUUCCCUUGAAGGAUGUUCUGAAGACUUAGUUCAAUUAAUCCGUCAGGCAUGGGAUGAUGAUCCAGGUUUGAGACCAGAUUUUCAAUCAAUUAAAUUAUCUAUGCGAAAAUUAAACAAAUCAGGAGACAGUAAUAAUGUUUUGGAUAAUCUACUCUCUCGUAUGGAACAAUAUACGAAUAAUUUAGAAGAAUUAGUUGAACAGCGUACAGCACAAUAUCUAGAAGAGAAAAAGAAAACAGAAGAUUUAUUAUAUUCAAUGUUGCCAAGAUCUGUAGCCAAACAAUUAUUCCGUAAUCAACCAGUGACAGCAGAAAGUUUUGAAAUGGUUACGAUUUAUUUCAGUGAUAUUGUCGGAUUUACAUCACUAUCAGCUGAAUCUACUCCAAUGCAGGUUGUAGAAUUAUUAAAUCGAUUAUAUACACUUUUUGAUGGAAUAAUUGAAAAUUUCGAUGCAUAUAAAGUUGAAACAAUCGGUGAUGCUUAUAUGGUUGCUUCAGGUCUGCCACAACGAAAUGGUAAUAAACAUGCACGUGAAGUAGCACGUAUGUCAAUUGCAUUUUUAAAGGCUAUUUUUGAAUUUCAAAUUCCUCAUCGACCUGAAAAACGUUUAGAAUUAAGAAUUGGUAUACAUUCAGGCCCAGUUUGUGCUGGGGUAGUUGGACAGAAAAUGCCACGUUAUUGUUUAUUCGGUGAUACUGUAAACACUUCUUCUCGAAUGGAAAGCAACGGUCUGCCUUUGAAAAUUCAUAUCAGUCAACAAACGUUUGAUGUACUGAAGACGUUUAAAUCAUUCAUUAUGACUGAACGUGGUUUGGUUGAAAUGAAAGGUAAAGGUCGUCAAAAAACGUAUUGGUUACACGGAGAAGAUUGUUAUAUUGUUGAUCCUAUCCCAGCCGGUGCUAAAAUUAUCGGUGGAGCAUAUGAAGGCGUAACUGGGCCAAUUCCUGCCGGUGCAUUAGCACAAAAAGGAAGUAGUGGUGGUGGUUGUGUUCUUGUUGGUGGUGGCGGAAAUUUAAAUCAAUCCCCAGGACAUUUAUGCAAUCCACAACCUACAUCACCAAUUCAUCCUCAUUCAAUAGAUAAUAAUUCCUCACUUAAGCGGAAAGCUCACAGUUUCCCUGCAACUCCAGCGUGUACUCCAGAUUCUAAUGAUUUAAGUAACCCAGGUUCUCAUGAUAAUCAUCAUCAUCAAAAUCAACAAUAUAAACCUGCUGUCGAUUUACAUGAAAAAGUAUCCGUCAGCAUUACAGAUCCUUUUCAGGUCAAUAGUAAUGAUACUGUAAGCUUUGAACCAUCAAAUAAACGACGCGUUGGUGUUUGCCAUUUGAAUGAAAAUCCAAUCUACAAUGUUUCAAGUGGUAACUCUCAACAAAUUGGUGAAAAAGUGUAAAAAAAAAACAAGAAUAAUAAGAUAUCCCUGGAACGAUCUUCAAUACAAUACUUUUUUUUACUACAGGGCAUGUAUUACUGAUGAACUAUCUUCACUCUACAGAUCCACUGGCGAUAUCCUACAAGAGGCUACUUCCUGUCCCUCCGCUGACAUGUGUAUGUUUCAAGUUGUAUGCAGUUACAGAAUAUAUGACAUACAUAAAUAGGUGAUUGUAUUAAUGCAAGUGAAAUUUCUUUCUACUAAUUUUUUUUCGUGGCCAUAUUUGUAAGGAAUUUUGCUCAAAAAGUGCUUUCGAUUUGAUCUCACUGAAUAUUGUGCCUCACAGUCUCUCUCUCUCUCUCACACACACCCUUAACCCCACCAUCUCCAAAUAGUAAUAGCAAUAUUCCCUCAUACGUAUGUACAUGUAUAAUUUCAGUGUCCUGUCCAACUUUUCAGUUUUGUAUACCAUUUCGUUUGUUUGUAUAUCUAUAUUUGUAUGUAUGUAUGUGUAUGUGUAUGUGUAAUGUUUAUUUGUGUAAGUGGAUAAUGAUGAUUGUGGUGUGUUUCAAUCUCCUCGCUUGCCUAUUGUAAACGUUCCUAUGUUUCCCAUUCUAGUUACAGUCUACACAAACACAUACAGAAACGUUUCAAUGCAUAUUUGUUGUCUAUAUAAACGUAUAAACUAUUCAUGUGAAAGUUAAAAUUUCAGUGUUUCUCUUGUCUAAUUUAUAUUUUCUACAUAGAAUAAAACAAUUACCUUGAUUGUUAAUGUUAAUUAAACUAAAGGAUUAUUUUUUUUAUGCCUAGUUAUAUAUUAAUGUCUUUCAGUUUGAUAAUUUGUAUAUGCAAAUACGUCUAUACGUACGUGUAUGUAUGUGUGCGUGCGUGUGUGUGUGUGUUUUGCCUAUUCUGCAUUCCCUGAACAUUUUUUUGUCUAUUCUUAUUGUUACUGUUGAUUUUAUUUGAAAUUCCUUUAUAGUCACCGGUUGUUCAAUGGGGACAUGUUUUUAGCUCAUUCCCAAAACUAUUUUUUGUCUUCUUCUUCUUCAAAAAGAACAACAAACAAACAAACCAUAAAUAUGUUUAUGUAUAUAUAAGCUGUUUAUGCUGGAGUUCUGUUAACAACAAUAUUUGUAUACAUUAUACAUCAUUUUUUUUGUCAUUUUUGUUGUUGCUUUGUUACAUUCUCUUCUCUUCUUUUGUACCAUUUGCUGAAUAUGUCUGACAUGUAUCUUAAUUAAAAGCUUUAUUCAAUGUGUGAACAUUGAAAAAAAAUGUAUAUGGGACAACGAAGGGUGUAUUUCUGUAAAGAGAGGGGCCAUGGGGGUGAGGACGAAUUACUUCUUUUCAGUGUUUUGAUGUCUCAUCAUUACUUUCUUCAUUGUAUGGAAUGUUUAUGUGUGUGUGUGUAUAUAUAUGUGAAUGUGCAACAUUUCUAUCCUAAUUUCAUUGAUUACUAUUACUAUUCUUUUUUUAUUUAUAGAUUUAUGCUAUUUUGCAUAGAAAUAUUUUAUUGUAUAAAUUUAUAGCCUUUAUCUACAAAAGGUAUAUGAAUGUGCGAGUGUGAAUGGAUAGAUGGGUGGGUGUAAUAAUUAACCUUUUUCUUGCUCCUCAUUUCACUUUCACGUGUUCCUUUCGUGGAAUUUCCCACUUUUUUUUCACUGAACAGCAAUAAACUUCAUCCCAUUUUUUUUUGUUUGAAAUAACAUCCUACUUAAAUUCCUUUGCACUCGCACAUGUAUCUGCUGUUUUUCUCUUCACUUGUGUAUUUUCUCUCUUUUUUUAAUUGUCGCACAGCUUUUUGUUUAAUAAAUCUAAUUUAUUAUGAUCAUCAUCAUUAUCAUGUUGAUUGUUGUCAGUCUUAUUGUCCAAAAUGCUGAGAUUGACAUUAACUUGCUAUACGUGAUCAGAUGAUUGACUGUGUGUGUGUGUGUGUAAAUUCCUUUUACAUUGAAUGUUGGCUUUUUUCCCUACAUUUACAAAUCUGCCAGAAUUAAUUAAUUCACACAUUUUAUAAUUUUAUCACUCCUAACGCCAUAAUUAUUGCUUCACUCAACAAGAAGAUUUCAAGCAAGCUAGUAAAUACUUGAAAGUGGAUUACUGAAAUAAACUCCUCUGUUGUUGUUGUUGUUAUUCAUCUUAUCGAUUAGAUUUCUUUAUGAUGAAUGUUUGUCGAUUUUCACAUAUCUGUUUCCUCUUUGUUUACAUGCAUAUGUGUAUGCGUGUACGAGCACGUAUGUAUAAGUCUCUGUAUCGAUGACUGGGGUGUGUGGUUUAUCUGUACUUGAGUUAUAUCCAUUUCAUGGAUGGAUGCGUAUGCCUGGAUAAAGGUCUGCAUACAUGAAUGUGCUGUAUGUAAUGUGUGUGUGUGUAUACAUGCGUAUUCAUGUCAAUAUAUAUGUGUGGCGUGUACAUGUAGUAGUUAUUCACCUUGUCAACAGCAAUAAUAAUAAUAACAAUAACGUUGAUAAUUGGGGAUAGCAACAACAAGACAACAUACUAUUUGAGAAUAAAACAAACAUGUUGAUUCUCUCCAUCCCUGGUUUUUGUUUGCUUCCUCUUUAGCUAAUUCAUUUUUUUUCUUGUGAAUUGAUUUCUCUUCUAUACUAUUGUUUUUCUUCUUCUUUUCCUUCUUAAUAUCAUUCACGCACUAACAUUUUUGUUUUUCACCUUAGAUAUUACGAGUACAUUUCGUUUUUUUCGACAGAUCAUGUGUACAGUAUAAUAUAAUGUUCGUCUCUAUGUAUCUCUCUCUCUCCCUGUAUGUGUGCGUGUAUGCACACGUGUGUGCGUAUGUGUGUGUAUUGUGUUACAUUCUCUUUUGAAACAAUGGAAUAUAUUUGUCAAAACAGAACUUCAGCUUAAUUGUGUAAUGAAUAGCGCAUCAAAUGAAAUUCAGUUCGUAAACAAUAAAGCAGAAUAAUAAUAAUCAUUAUCAUUUUUCGUUAUAACAAGCUAUACACAAUACAGUAUACUUAUUUGUUCAUUGCGAAUUUCAUGUCAUUAUUGAUUUUCAAGACAUUACUGUCAAUGCUAUCAUUAUAUUAUAUAUUAUUAUACUGAAUGAUGAAAAUAAUAAUAAUAGUUUAAACUUUUGAGUGUUAAUACUUAUCUUCUCGUUAUUAUUU